UAAUCUAGAUAUUAGUAUAUAUAUAAAUUCUUCAUCUAUAUUUUCUCAAAAAUCAAAUCUCUGCUACAACAACCCUCUUCUCUUCUUUUCUCUUCCGCCAUCCAAAUGAGUUACUACAACCAACAACAACCGCCCGUCGGCGUUCCUCCACCGCAAGGUUAUCCGCCGCAAGAGUCUUACGGCAAAGACGCUUACCCUCCGCCGGGGUAUCCACAGCAAGGCUACCCUCCACAACAGGGCUAUCCACCACAAGGCUAUCCGCAGCAAGGCUAUCCGCCGCAAUAUGCUCCUCAGUACGCUCAGCCUCCGCCUCAACAACAGCAAAAUUCAUCCGGAGCUGGUUGCUUGGAAGGCUGCUUGGCUGCUCUCUGUUGCUGCUGUCUCUUGGAUGCGUGCUUUUGAGGGGAGAUAUUACAUUGCACAGACUGGGUUGAUUACAAAUGUAUUUUGACUUUGAGCGCAUGAUGAUUAUUGUUCUUAUAGCUUCUUUUACUUUUCCUUGUUUAUUGUUUGUUUUUAUGAAUAUGAAGUUAUGAACUACUGCUUCUAUAUAUCAUACUGCUUCGUUAAAGGAUUGAUCUGUUUUUAUUUU